GCUGCCAUAUGGCAGGGGUGGUAUGUUCAGUUGGCCAGGGGCUAGAAAUACGACGUAUACGAGUCAGGGACAGCGUGACCUCCUGCACAGGCUCUGAAGAAUGCAGCCACGGUGUGAACUCAACUCUGGACCUGAAUUAAUGGUCCUGGCUUUGAAUCCCCUGUGUGGCUGUUUGACCUUGAGCGAGUCACUUCCCCCCCCCUACACGCUAGAGGGGGAUGAACUGAUAAAUGGUCUCUGGGGGGCCUUCUAGCUUUGCUGCUUGUGGUUUUCAGCCUCACUUGACCACUGCACAUUGGUCAAGGGCCACAUCUCUUCAAGCCUUCCGAAUAAAUGCACGGAUGCAAAUGCUGAGGCUCAGAGGGGCUUAUAUCAUUCAUCCAAGGUCCCAGAGCUACUAACAUAAAGAACAGGGACGCCUGGCUUGCUCAGUCGAUACAGCAUGUGACUCUUGAUCUGGGGGUUGUGGGUUCAAGCACCAUGUUGGGCAUAGAGCUUACAUUGAAAAAAAAAAAAGCAAAAGAACAGAGUCGGGUAAGGCCACACAGAGGGAAGUGUUGAAGGCAGGAACACCUUGGUCUAGGAAUAGACCUCAGCUCUGGUACCCACAACCUGAUUUUGACACAGAUAUGGCUAUAGACACUGACUCCUGUCGACCAGCUGUUUAAGGGGCAUACUCAUAAACCGACCCGAGUUCCUGGGGUGGCCAGAAUGCUUGUGGCCCCUCUCUGAGCUGCUGGCUCCCUUUCUGGUGUUAGCAGGCAGCCAGUUCAGCUCUGAGAAGAGAAGAGCCUGGGUUCAGAUUCUACGGCUGUGAAAACGACGACCGUCCGAGAGAACCUGGGCUUCGCCUCUCAGGGCUGUAGCGAGGAUUUAGAACGUGUAGCACAGGGCCCAGCACCUUGUAGGUGCUCAUUAAGGGACACACAUUAUUGCUUCUACCAGGGCUACGAAAUAGAACGGUGCCUACGGUGGAAUUAGAGCCAAACUGAUUGGGGUUGCAUUUUAGUCUCCCUCUACUUACUGUGUAAUCUUGAGGAAGUUACUAAACAUCUCUGUGACUCAGUUUGCUUAUCUGUAAAAUGGGGGUAGUAAUAAAACCUACUUCCUCAGGUAACCAAAUGAGAUCAUGCAUGGGAAUUGCUUGGCACAAUGCCAGGUGCUGAGUAAGUGUUUAAUCAAUUGGACAUUUUAAAGCAUAAUCGUUAUUAGCCAGACUUCGAGGAAGUCAAAUACCCUUGGCUUUGCACCAGUUAGGAUCUGCGGGAGAGUCCUAGGGGCUGUCCGUAUGCAGAUACCCAAGCACAGAGGACCCAACCUGCUUCCUCUGCCUCUUUCCCUCUGCCUUGGAAUCUUUCGUUCUCGGUCUUUCUCUUCAUUCCUACCUUUCGCUUUUUCUGUCUCUGGCUCUCUGUUAUCUAUUUCUCAUUUCUAUCUCUCUUUGUCUCUUCCUUUUUCUUUCUUUCUGUCAGCCGGCUGCUGGAGCCAGCCAGGAUUGGCUCUGGGGAGCUGACUGUGUGUCUCUUCCCAGCCCAGUGUUCGGGAAGUCACCUCGGCUACUCGAAAUCAGCCAUGGUGGGAAUAUUUAUACCAUGGAAAUCAGCAAAUGCUACAAAUCAGGACCUUUUUUUUUCUUUUCUUUUGAGAGUCAGUGUACCAGCACACUGCACUGUUUCUCUCUGUGCCUGUCUUUCUCCUUGUCUCUCUGUAUCUCUCAGUCUCUGCCUUCUCUUUCUUGGUUUCCCCCAUUUCUUCCUUUCCUCUGACAAAGCUUCCUGAGUGAGGGCACAUCCAGUGUGGCCCCCUCAAUGCCUUGGGCCAUGCAGAUGCCAAACCCUUGCCCCGCCCCCUCACCUCACUUCCCCCAAACCCCUUGGCAAACUGGUGCCCAGAGAGCCAUGCCUGGCCCUGGGCUUCAGUCCCCAUCGGGGAGUUCCAAGUCCUGAGAGCUGUUCCCCAUUGCCUGUGCCCUUCACUGUCACGUCUUCCUCAGCCCACACAGCCCUCUGCCUCUUUCUAGAGGCUGACGGUUCCUAAACCACCCCUCCCACCCCAUUCCAGUCAUGCAGAAUUUGGGGCUCCCAUUAGGCUGAUUUUAAAAUGUUGUGGUAGGGGGUACCUGGGUGGCUCAGUCGGUGAAGCAUCCAACUUCGGCUCAGGUCAUGAUCUCAAUGUUCGCGAGUUCGAGCCCCAUGUCGGGCUCUGUGCUGACAGCUCAGAGCCUGGAGCCUGCUUCAGAUUCUGUGUCUCCCUCUCUCUCUGCCCCUACCCUGCUCACGCUCUGUGUCUCUCUCUCUCUGUCUCAAAAAUAAAUAAACAUUAAAAAUCUUCUUUAAUUUUUCAAAAAUGAAAUAAAAUAAAAUAAAAAUGUUGCGGUAGGGCGCCUGGCUGCCUCAGUCAGUGGAGCAUGUGACUCUUGAUUCCGGGGCUGUAAGUUCGAGCCCCCCAUUGGGUGUAGAGCCUCCUUAAAAACAAAAAAAGAAUUAAACAAAAUAAAAAUAAAAAUGUUGUGGUAAUAUUUAUCUGGGCAUUGUCGGAAGUGGCAACCUUGUAUCUAUGUGGGGACCCAAGAGGUUGUGCGAAUUUGUGUCUCUUACAGAGAGGCGCUCUGUGUGGGUCUGUGACUGGGGAGAGGGGUCUGCAGAUCUGUGUCCCUCUGGGGGCUCCGUGCAUCUGUGCGUGCUUGCACGGUUGGCUGUAAUUAUCCGUGUCUGUGACCGGGCAACGGAGAGAGGUGCUUCAGAUGCUGGAGCCCAAUGUCAGGAUUCAUCCUGUUGUGUGACCUGGGGCCCAAACUCUCUGUGCGUCGGUUGCCUUACCGAUAUUAGCAGUACCUCGUGGUGGUGUUAUGAGAAUAAAACGUGGGGAUAUACGUAAAGUGUUUAACGUGGUGGCUGGCGCGUAGUGAGGGCUGUAAACUCUGGGUACGCCGUUCUUGUGGAGAGGCUGUGUGUAUGGCUGUGUGUGUGUGUGUGCGUGCGUAGAUGGGUGAGGGCCGGAGGUGUGUGUACGUGGGGAGGUGGGUAUCCUUGAAGAGGUAUGUGUGGAGAAGAGCUCAGAGUCUCUGUGAGGUGCUGUGUGUAGGCGAGGUAAUGUCCGCGUCCAAGAAUGUGUCAGGAGGGCUGUGUGAAUCUGGGCGUGGGCCCCGUGUGCCACUUGAGACGUGUGUGUGUCUUCCUGUGAGAAGACCUCCAUUCUCACCCUGCAACCCUUGUUUUCAUCUUGUCCCCAUCUGUCCCCUGGGUGCCUGAAAUCCUUUCCCUCCCUGGGCCCUGGGUGGCCUCACCCUCUACCUGUAUACUCUCCCCGGCCCUGACCAGCCUUCAGUGUCCUGGGGCCUUUCAGACACACUGGUUGCGCCCCAGGGGAGGGGUCCCGAGGUGAAGAUCCGCAGCGAUGGCUUAGUGAGCACGGGCUAUUUUAGGGCUCUUACCACAGCCCGCCUUCGCAGUUCACCAGAUGGGUGUCCCUCCCCUACACACACAGGAGAACAGUUACGGUGAAGAGUGAGAGGUGCUGGUAGGUCUAGAGUGGGGGUCGGGGCACUGAUGUGACAGAGCCAUCGGCUAGGCAGCUGGAUCUGGUGGAGCCAGGAAGCCUUCCUGGAAGAGGUGAGUGUGCUCAGUAGGAGGGGCAGGAUCCAGAGAGAAGAGGAGGAGGCUAUCCGUAAGGGAACUGGACUUAAGGGUCAAGAAAGGCAAGACGAGGGCACCCGUCACCAAGGUCCUCAGCUCCUCUGGGAGAAAUCAGGGUUCACUGGGUUGGCCCCACCCUACAACUCACCAUUCCUCUCACAUCUUAGGAAACCGAGCCCUCUCCCCAGCAGUUCCUCUCUAAGUGUUGCAAUGGCAGAGUUUCUGGCGGGGCGUGGGGAGCCCUUGCUCAAUGAUCUGCCUGCCCUGUUGCUCAGAGGACAUAGCUACCGGGAAAGCCUUGGCUUCUUUAGGGGCUCCCCAAGGAAUCCUGGUGGCCCUGGCUUCUGACCUGGGCCUUUUUUGACGUGGGGGUAGGAACCAGCUCUGGAGGUCUCUGGCCCCUCCCGAGGACCAUGCCGCAGCCCCACUGACCCAGGAGUAGGGGCCUGAGGGCAGGGCACCUGGAAUGGGCUGUGUGUUCUGCAAGAAGUUGGAGCCGGGGACCAAGGAGGAUGUUGGCCUGCAAGGGGACUUCAGGGGCAGUGGGGCUGUGGACCACUAUGGCCCUGACCCUACUCAGGCCCGGCCUGUGUCCUCCUUUGUCCAUAUCCCCAACUACAACAACUUCCCCGCUCAGUCCACCAGCACCCCCUUCCUCGAUGGGGGCGUCAUCAGGGGCAUCUCAGGGGCUGGGGUGACCCUGUUCACCGCUCUGUAUGACUAUGAGGCCCGGACAGAGGAUGACCUCACCUUCACCAAGGGUGAGAAGUUCCACAUCCUGAAUAACACUGAGGGUGACUGGUGGGAAGCUCGGUCUCUCAGCUCUGGACAAACUGGCUACAUUCCCAGCAACUACGUGGCCCCUGUGGACUCUAUCCAGGCUGAAGAGUGGUACUUUGGAAAGAUCGGGAGGAAGGAUGCGGAGAGGCAGCUGCUCUCCCUGGGGAACACCCGGGGGGCCUUCCUCGUUCGUGAGAGUGAGACUACCAAAGGUGCCUACUCCCUGUCCAUCCGAGAUUGGGACGAGGCCAGAGGCGACCAUGUGAAGCAUUACAAAAUCCGCAAGCUGGACACGGGUGGCUAUUACAUCACCACACGGGCCCAGUUCAACUCAGUGCAGGAGCUGGUGCAGCACUACGUUGAGGUGAACGAUGGGCUAUGCCACCUGCUAACAGCGGCCUGCACCACCAUGAAGCCGCAGACAAUGGGCCUGGCCAAGGACGCCUGGGAGAUCAGCCGCAGCUCCAUCACGCUCCAGCGCCGGCUAGGCACCGGCUGCUUCGGAGACGUGUGGCUGGGCAUGUGGAAUGGCAGCACGAAGGUGGCGGUGAAGACGCUGAAGCCGGGAACCAUGUCCCCGAAGGCCUUCCUGGAGGAGGCGCAGAUCAUGAAGCUGCUGCGGCACGACAAGCUGGUGCAGCUGUACGCCGUGGUGUCGGAGGAGCCCAUCUACAUCGUGACAGAGUUCAUGUGCCACGGUAGCUUGCUGGAGUUCCUCAAGGGCCAGGAGGGCCAGGAUUUGACACUGCCCCAGUUGGUGGACAUGGCAGCCCAGGUAGCUGAGGGCAUGGCCUACAUGGAGCGCAUGAACUAUAUCCACCGCGACCUGAGGGCAGCCAACAUCCUUGUUGGGGAACGGCUGGUGUGCAAGAUCGCUGACUUCGGGCUGGCCCGUCUCAUUGAGGAUAAUGAGUACAACCCCCGGCAAGGGGCCAAGUUCCCUAUCAAGUGGACAGCCCCAGAGGCUGCUCUCUUUGGCAGAUUCACCAUCAAGUCAGAUGUGUGGUCCUUUGGGAUCCUGCUCACUGAACUCAUCAGCAAGGGCCGAGUUCCCUACCCAGGCAUGAAUAACCGGGAAGUGUUGGAACAGGUGGAGCAUGGGUACCACAUGCCAUGCCCUCCGGGCUGCCCAGCAUCCCUGUACGAGGCCAUGGAGCAGACCUGGCGUCUGGACCCAGAGGAGAGGCCUACCUUCGAGUACCUUCAGUCCUUCCUUGAGGACUACUUCACCUCCACAGAACCCCAGUACCAGCCUGGGGAUCAGACAUAACCUGUUUGAGCAUCAGUCACCUUUCUAGGGUACCCACCAAUCCCUUCCAACCCCCAGGGCUCCGGUCCCAAAGCCCCAGGCUUAGAACCCUACAGGGUCCUAGCAGGUCAGAGCAACCUGCUUGCUCUGACACCAUCGAGGCCAAUCCACUCAUUUUAAAGGUGGGGUAAAUCGAGGCUUGGAGAUCAUCCUUCACUCUGGCCCCAAGCACUGUUUCUCCCCUUCCUACUUAGACCCCUACCUCUCAACUCUCUUCCCACCUCUCCUCUAACAGAAAUGCUUAGACUUAGUCUAGUUAUUUAUAAAACUGUAUAUCCUUUCCCUCAUUUUCCUCCUAUCCCUGUUUUUUUACCCUGUCAUCCCGCCCUGAAUUCACCUCCAACUCAAUUCUCUUGUGUCUGUAUUUUGCAAAGACAGGGAAAGUCUUUCCUGCUGGGUGGACACCGUAGUCCGGGACCGGGGUCCAAGCCCAGGGUGAGGGAGAGGCUUGCUGAGGGCUCACCACCUCUCUGAAUCAUGUGUGUGUUUAUUGAUUUUGUAAAUAAGAAAAGUGAUAAUAUGAAUCCUUGAGCCAUGAAAAUCCCUUCUGUUAGGGCAAAUGGUGGCCAGAGGAAGGUGAGUGUGACUGCUUUGGCUGCUGGGAGGAGGGGAAGGUGAGAGAGUGCCCUAACGCUAGGCACGACCCCAGGAAAACCAACGUGAACAAGACCUGUCUCUGUUCCGGCGGAGAUCACAGCCAGACUUGGGAGAAAUCAUAGUAAUAAUAAUAACUCACUUAUUAAGUGUCUGCUGCAUGCCAGAUGUGUUUACAUCCAUCUUUUCAUUUAAUCCGGUUCUGAGUCUGAUGCUAUGAUUAGCCCCCAUUUACAGAUGAGGAAACUGAGGCUCAGGGGUUACAUGAUGUACCAAGUUCACACAGGUGCACGUGACAGGGCUGGGACUUGAACUCGGGUCUCAUACCAAGGCCCAUGAUCUUUCUAGACUCUGGGCUUUGGAAAGUGAUCUUAUCUGCCCCAGGUAGGUAUUUGGAGGAUCCUCCUCCCUCUAGAUAUUGGUAGAAAGAUUCCCUGGAAAUGCCCCCAGGUUGAGUGUCCUAAGAAAAGGGGACAAGGUGGCCAAUGCAGAUUGAGAGUUCCUCGUGCUCAGCCCUGUACUAGGGACUGCUGAAUGGGAGCAGUAAGAUGGAGAGAGGCCAAGUGGCUGCUGAGAGGUGGUCACAGGGGCAGGACACUUAGCUCUGCACACUCAAACUCGGGCCAUGGCUUCCUGAGAGCCAGUCUCUGGCUGACUAAACUCACAAGGGCCUGACACACAAGCUGGAGGCCCAGUGAUUCUGCCUGUCCUGGAGUAAGCAGAUAAGAGCACAGCUUUGGAACUUCAGUGCCUGGUGUGAAUCUUGCCUCCACCACUCACUAGCUUUGUGACUUGGGCCAAGUUACUAAUCUCUCCGAGCCUCAAUCUCCUCACC